GCAUUUUGGGGCGGCACGGAGAGGCCGAGCCUCCCGUCCAAUGGGCGGCGGAGGAGGCCUCCGCAACGGGCCAAUCGGGACGGUGCGGAGAUGGUGACCAAUCAGCAGACGCCGCUGCCGGCUUUAUAAACUUCACAUAGGCAUUUGGAGGCUAUACUCCGACUGUGAAAGAAGGAAGCUAGCUAGCGCCAUGGCCAGAACCAAGCAAACCGCUCGCAAAUCCACCGGUGGCAAAGCACCCAGGAAGCAGCUCGCCACCAAGGCUGCGCGCAAGAGCGCCCCGGCCACCGGCGGCGUGAAGAAGCCUCACCGUUACAGGCCCGGCACCGUGGCUCUUAGAGAGAUCCGUCGUUACCAGAAGUCCACUGAGCUGCUGAUCCGCAAACUGCCUUUCCAGCGCCUGGUGCGAGAAAUUGCCCAGGACUUUAAGACCGACCUGCGCUUCCAGAGUUCCGCAGUGAUGGCCCUGCAGGAGGCAAGCGAGGCUUACCUGGUCGGCCUGUUCGAGGACACCAACCUGUGCGCCAUCCACGCCAAGAGGGUGACCAUCAUGCCCAAGGACAUCCAGCUGGCCCGUCGUAUUCGCGGAGAGCGCGCAUAAACGAUGACCUGAUCUCCAAAAUCCCCCAAAGGCUCUUUUAAGAGCCACCUCCAUAUUUCAGUCAAAAAGGCACAAUUGUUCCAUUAGUACACGCCCCUUUCCCACCGUGUAUGUUGUAGACGAACACGUCGCGUUCCCUGCUCUCGAGUCCCUACAGACCGUGGUUCGAUUCCAGGCUGUAUCACCACCGGCCGUGAUUGUAAAUCAGAGUUGAUUCGUUUCAAUAACGCUCUCUUUCUUAUAUGUAAUUAGAUGUAUGCCUAGAGUAGAAGAGGGGAAAAUAGAGUAGCAGUAAUGAGUGAUAGUAAUGAUAUAGGGCAAAAAGUGGGCAAAAUUGUCACUAUGUAGCUAAGAACAACUGACUUUGAAAGUCCCAUGUUGCAGUGCCGCUGCUGAGAGGGGAAAAUUUUCCCGUGGAGCACGGAGGCCAUCUAGUGGUUAAACGCGGGUACUGGCACGUCAUAGUGGCUCCCUAUUGGUAUUUGAUCUUGAGGCCAGCGUUUCCCAAACUCGGUCCUCGGGUCCCCAAGUGGGGCACGUUGUGUUUUUUCGAAUCCAAUUGCUCUUGGAAUGUAACAUGCUAGAGUAUGUCUUUUCCUUUGUGAAAAUGUCCAUUCAAUAAUUUCUGGGCCAUGUGACAUUCCUCGAUGUGCCAAAAAAUCCCUGUUUUGAUCCGAUCAUUACAACGUUAGCUGCGUGCACCCCAUAAUUCAUGCGACUGACUAAGCUAUUGAAAGUAAAUUGAUAUAUCUCUGUCCAGCGCAAGUGAAAGGUGGUCGAAAAAAAGUGGUACCAAGGUUUUGGUUGAAGGGACAGGAAAUGUGGUAGGCCACCAAAUUAGUUUGUGUGAGUGCAUAGGUAAGUUGUUUCGAUAUGGUGGAAUAAAUGGAGAAAUGAAAGGAAUCAAUUUAGUGGGAUGAAUUCAGUGUGCGAUUGAAUAUUCCAAUGACAUACCCAUUGUUAGUCCUUUCGACUAGAUCCGAGAUCCCUUCAUAGAAAAGGUAUCAGGACAGCAGGAAUCGAUAGAUGUAAUCAUCAAGGGCUUGCAAAAGAGCUGUUACGAAACAGGACACGAGCAGCCGUGAUGAUAGCCCUAUUAGUAGUUGACCAAUUACAGAAUAGCAAUCACCAAUGCAGGCAGGUACGUGGUGAUUGCUGCAUUGGCUUCGUAAAUAGGCUUCAUAAGGAACUAAAUGGCUCAGCACAUGACAUCUUCACAGUGCAGAAUAUUUGAUAGUACUGACUCCCGUUGAGUAGAGUCGUGUGUCUUUGGCGUGAUUUGAAGUCGACUUCUGAUGUGGGAUUUAGUUGAUUUUGACCAGAAUAUUUGCUGAUGAAUCGAAACCCCUUGACCAAAUGAUAAGACAAAGUAAAGGCCCUAAAUGCAGCAAUGACACGGCUAAAGUGUGUCAUUGCAGGACCAAAGAGCAGGAAUUGUCUGCUGUUGCAUCUUCACUCAUGAGACAGGUAAUAGCGGAGCUCCGUGGUGCUGAAAAGGACAGCGCCCCUGGCCAUUUGCCAAAGCCUAUUUCCCGUUGGAGGGAUUCUUGACAUGCUAUAGGCACAGUUCAGUACACCCCUCACCAACCGAUUCUCGGGGUGCAUUGGUGUAAAAUGUGAUCGUCGAGAUACAGUUGUAUAGGCUACACCAGUAGGGGAGCUUACAGAUAAAGAGUGCAUUAGGCUAGAGAGAAAAGUAGCAUUCC